AUGUUUCGUUUUGUUUCGUUUCGUUUCAUUGAGUCUUCACACCGUUUCAAAGUCUCUUCACUUCGUCCAGGCCUUCUCUACCAAUUUAAAGUUCAAGCAGUUUCUCCUAUUGGAAUUCAAGUUCCAGCAGCUUUUUCUGAUUGGAUUGAUUUCAAUUCUCUUAUUUAUGGAAGUGGAAUUAAUACAAAAUCCCUUCAAUUUUAUUCUCAAUUUAAUUCUGAUUAUGGUGUGGCUGCCUGGGUUAGUUGGCGGCUAAAUGAAGUCAAAAAAUUGGAAAAUGGAGAAAAUGGCAUUCAAACAACAAAGCCAAUUUUAAAUGCUCGUCUUCGCAGACAUUUAAUUCUCCAAAAUGAAGGCUUUAAUAACACAAACAAUUUAAAUAUUCAAAAUAAAACAAUUAAAUCAGAAGAAUUAUUUACUGAAGAACAGAAAUCUUCUUCUUUUGUUGUUUUCCCUUCUUGUAAAUUACAAAUUGAAUGGGCAAAUAAAAGUAGCAGAGCUAGUGAUAAAUUUGAAUUGGAUGGCUCUGAUGGAUAUCUCCUCACCAAUUUAGCAUUUAAUUCAGAAUAUUGGGUUAAUAUUAGAGCAGAAUAUAAUAAUAGCAAUAAUAUAGAAGAGGAGGAAGAAGAACAAUUAACUACAACACUUUUUGAAGGAAAUUUUCUUUCAAUGAAAUGCUUACAAGUUUAUGGUUUUGGAAGUUUGGAAUGCAAACCAGAACCAAUUCAAAAAUUAUCAAUAUUUCCAUUUCCAACAAACAACACAGCUUUGGUUAAAUGGGAAAGACCUUUAGCUAUAACAAAUGUUUUGCUAUAUGAAUUAAAUAUUGAACCAAUAAUUAGAAGUGGAGAUGAUUUAAAUAUUAAAGAAAAAUGUAAAACAGAAAAUGGAUUAAAUACUAAAAUUGUUUCUGCUCAAGCUAAUUUUACUUGGAUAUCUUUACCUCAUGAAGCUGUUUGUGAAUUUGAAGUUAGGCAUACGCUUUAUGAUCUACUUGGAAGAGAAGCAACAGCCCAUCUUCGUUUCAUCUUUACCCCUUCAUCCACUUCAGAACCUUCUUCAACCGACACUCAAUAUUCUCUCGCUUUUCGUCAAUUUAUUUCUCAAUUAGAUAUUUCUAUAUUGGCACUUGUUUGUGUUAUUGUUUUGGUGCCAAUAACUGCAUUAAUUGCCUUAAUAUGUACAAUAUCUAGAAGGGAUACAAGACAGAAAACAAAAAAGAGGAAGAACAAAAAACCUUUAUCUGCUGAAAAGCAUAAUAAAAUAAUUAAAAAGACAAAAAUGCAGAAUAUUCAGAGGUAG